AUGGAAGUGCAACCCAUCACUACUAAAAACAAGCAGAGGAGGAGGAACAAGAAGAGGGAUAGGAAUAAUAGGAAUAAUAGGAAUAACCCGAGAGGCAGUCAGAAGAUUAAGAAUGACUGGGAACAGGAACAUAAUGACAAGUUUAUGAAGACUGGAAGUAAGAUAGCUAGCCAUGUAGGCACUGGCUUACAGACAGAAGGCUUUAGCGAGGGAAAUAAGCCACCAAGCUGUCAGAAGAAUGGAGAUGAUGAGAUGAAGCAACAGGAGUUUGAGCAUUUAGUAGAAAUGUUUGGCAAGGAAAUCGAGCGAGAAGUUAUCAGGAUGUGUUGGGAGUCUUCGAAUAGUGAUUAUGAGCAAACUAUAAUGGCUCUAUCGUGUAUGACUUGUCAGAAAGAAGAUGAGAAGCAAGAUUUUGUUGAUUAUUCUGAGGAAGUGCCACAAAGUUUCGAAAAGUAUUCUCAGUUUGAUAAUCCCUCUGAAAAUUUUGAAGUCUCCUACAAUGAAAAUGAUGUAGAAGAAAAUCAAGAUGCUUUUGAAGAAUUUAAGAUCGGUGAAGAAUCCAAAGAGCAUGAGGAAAAUGAACUAGGAGCUUCCAGAACAAAUAAUCCUUUCACAGAUGCCUUCAAUGACUUUAAAUAUCGUGAGCCUGAUGAGGAAGAGAUGAAAGAAUCAAAAAGAAUCGCUGAUUCCUACAUGGAGCUCCAAGAAAGAGAGGAAAAUGAAUGGUUUAUGGAACAAGAGAAGAAAUUAUUGCAAACUCUGAUCGAUGAUUGCCAACUUACAGAAUAUCUAGGAGAGGGUGUAUUAGAUGAAGAAACACUAAAAUUGAUCAUUGAAACAUCAACUUCUUCUCCAACAACUUCUCAACCAAGCACUAGUUCCUUAGAAGAGCCAAUUCAGGAUUUUUAUACAAUGUCAGGCAAGAAGAAUAAAAAGAGGCGCAAUAAAAAGAAAAAGAAUGCAUCACCAAUGAUUUCGGCUGAGAAGUUUAUUCCCCAAAUCCCGAUUAACACCGAAAAACCAUUUGAUGAAACAAACAUUGCUGAAGAGGCUGUGGAUUUCGCUAAUGAUUCAUCCCUUCAAUAUUUAAUAAGCCAACAAAUAUUAGCAGAUCAGGAGAACAAGAUGUAUUCUGAAUACCAAUAUGAUCAGCAGGAGUUCCCAUCGCUCCUCAAAGGUGAUGACCUAAAGCACAUCAGAAGGAAGAAAGCAUUUGCAGUCAACGAAUGGACCAAAACAAAAGGAACCCAAGGCUCCUUAGGAUGUGGAGAUGAUCUUGAAGCAGAACAGAUUAGAAAGAUUAAGAAAGUAUUUCCUGCUCUCCACACUGACAUAUAAUAAAUACUGCCUACAUGCAGCUUGGGAAUUCUCAAUUGGUGAUUGAUUAUCUGAAGAUCUAUUAUAAGAGCAACUUUAAUGAGAACCAUAAAGAUGUAAUGAAGAGCAAUAUCAAACCAAUAAAAUCGAAAAUUCCAAGACCACCUGCAUUUGGAGGGAAACCAAGAUCUACACCAAUUGUGAUUAAAAAUAGCGAAAUACCUGUGAUUGCACAUCACGACGAUUAUGACGAUAUCAGAGAGCAAGAAAAGGAGUAUGGUGAGAAGAUGAAAUACCAUUUCAACCUAGCUUCAAAGGCAUACAGAAGAGGAGAUGGUGCUACUGCGAAGAGAGAGGCUCAAGAAGGAAAUCGCUAUAAGAACCUCUUCCUCCAAGAAAGAUACCUAAAUGUGCACAGAACUUUAGCUUCUAAGAAUAGUCACUUAAAUAGAGCAGAAUCUAUAGAUUUGCACGGGCUGCACAGAAACGAGGUUGAAUAUGUCCUUGAACACUUUAUCAAUGAUAUUCAAUCAAAACUCUCUACAGGAGAGAUCGUCCCAAACAUGGGGGCUAGAAGAGGACAUAUGGUCACUAUAAUAACCGGUAAGGGAAACAACAGUAAAAACAACAAGUCGGUUAUUAAGAUUGAGGUAAAGGAAUACCUCCGUUGCAAAGGAAUAGGGUUUAAAGAGUCAGAUGGAUACUUCACAAUUAGCAUCGUCUAACAGUCAGCUCAGUUAUAAUGUUCAGCAUUA